AUGGCAGUCGGCAUCCAGCUUCUUCCGAGCUUCUCCAUCGUUUCCCACCACGGGAUCUCUUCCGGUCCUCGGAAGCCAUCCCGCAGAGCACCAUGGGGGCAGACCACCGUCACCCAGCAAGAAGGACAAGUCACAGUCAAGGAGAGAGGCACCUUCCAGACCACCUGCACCUACCAGGUCACUAACUUCUAUGGAUUGCUCUGGUACCAGCAGAGGAAAGGCCAAGGUCCACAGCUUAUCUCAUAUCAGGCAGCAGCUGGCCCCAGGCGGAGUGGCCGUCUCACCACGUUGCUGAACACCACGGGGAAGAACAGCCUUCUCCGGCUGGAGGAAGUCGAGGUCUCUGACGCUGCCUUGUACCUCUGUGCUGUGCAAGACACCCUGGUGCAGGAAGCUUCCUUGGCUGUGCAACAAGCCAGGGGAGAGAGGGCAUUGGUUUGUGUGAGGCUGAGCUUGCGGAAGGGGCCCUCAGCUCUCCCCUGGCAGUGUUGCUUGCCCUGUACACCCAGAGCUCUGCAGGUCAAAAUCCUCUUCCAGGAGAGGACAGUGUCAGUGGCUCGAGAGGAAGAAGAAGGUGGUGAACGAGUCUCAGGUUCCCUCGUUUUCACCAUGGGUUAUGCGGUGAUUCUGCCCAUGGCUUUGGAGAAGUGAUGGGCAAUGUAGGAGGUUGGGACCGCUUGUGCAAUGCUUCCCUGCUGCUCUUAACUUUCUGGUUUUGUCUACUGCACGUUGCUUCUUCAGGUAUU